AUGCCUAAGUUAAGUAUCAACCAAGUUCUUGAUGCUCCUAGUUAUUUAGCGGACCAUUUCAAUGGAGAAUAUGACACAGACAAAGUAGUGAUACUUCGAGAUGCCUCGAUUAUUACAGAUACGACAAUGUUGAAGCAAUCUUUGGACAGACUUCCCGGUGAUUGUAAAGUUUUAGAUAUGACUAAUAAUGAUUUGGUGAUGGUACCGCCUUUGACUAGCCGUCGCUCUAUUCACACGGUGCUUUUGGGACGAAAUAGAAUUAAGAAACUGGAUGGGAGUUUAUUACCUCCUAACGUUAUGAAGGUUUCACUGGCUAAUAAUGAGAUUAAUAAUUUAGCAGAUCUAGAAGGUUUACAAACAGCUCCCAAAUCCUUGAAGAAUCUUUGUUUACAGGGAAACGACGUCUGUUAUUUGGCAGGAUAUCGUCAAUUUGCGAUUUCGAAAUGCCCACAGUUGGAGGUGCUCGAUUUCCAGAAAGUGACGCGGAAAGAACGUUUGCAGGAUACUUCUGUUCCACGAGAAGCGCAGCAGAGGGUUCCUGAUCAGCGUAUCAUGGACUCGGAAGUUUCUGGUGGGAAGAAAAGAGACAAGCACAUGGAACUUUUGGGAACUGUCGUCAAGAAAAUGGACGAAAAGACCAGAAACGAAAUUAAAGAGCAGUUAGGGAAUGCUACGACGUUAGACGAAAUUGAAAGGCUUGAAAGUCUCUUGACAGGUAACGUAGAGUAG